GUGCAUAAUUGUUAAGUAAAUCAACCAAAUAUUAUUACGAUUUUCUCCUUUCACAGGUUUCACAGUAUUCUGUCUUCUCUGGCCUAUCAUUCUAGCAAUGACAUCGUUUAUAGAAAGGCAGAAAAGCCUUUUUAACCAUCUAAAAGAUGCCGAGGAACAAAUCAGCUUCUCCAAACACAAUAAAGCUGAAACUCCGCAUGACAAUGGAGAAAUGGACCGCAGGCACUACAGAAAACUAAAACAUGAAAUGAAACAGUUCAGAGGUAAAGAAAGUAUUUAUAAGAGACCCGAAGCUUCCAUGAGGGACUGUUUACGAGCGCGAGGAAUCCCAGAAUAUGUGAAAAAUCCCAGAAAAUGGGUGUAUUAUUCAUUAUCAGAUGUGACACAAGAGCAGAUGUCAGAUUCCACUAAUUCUGCGACAGCGCAUGCAUUCAUUCGUGAAUUGGAAGAAAGAGAAGCUGCUAAGACUAGAAUGGAUCAAGACUGUGAAGGGCCUGAAGAGUUUGUCUUCAAAAAACCUAUUUUCCAUAUAUCAGCCACAGUAAAAAAAGCAACGGAACCAGAAAUACCAAAAGCGGUAUUUAAAAGCAGUAAAGUUCUGAUGCCUGAAUAUGUUGUGGGGAGAGCACAAAAGAAAGAAAAGAAACCUAUGAGAAAACAAUUGCCUGAAAAUAAUGAGGAUAAUGAGAAGAAAGCGGCACUAAAGUUAAAUCAUCUGUAUGACGAUGAUGGUGAAGAUGAAGAUUAGUUAUAAUUGAUGUGUAAAACAUAACAUUAUGUUGCUAUUAUAUUUUAUUGCUUAAGGAAUUGAA